UCUUCCUGGCUUGCAGACAGCUGCCUUCUGCCGGGCCCUCUCGAGGCCGGCAGCGCCUGGCCCUCCUCUGCCCCGAAGGCUCUAACCCCGUCACAGGCCCGUCCUCAUGACCUCACCUAACCCUGCUCAUGUCCCCAAGUCCCCACCUUCUGAUUUCACCCCACUGGGGUGAGGGCUUCAAAAUACGAAUUCGAGGGGGACACACUACGGUGCAUGGCAGUGAGACCCAGGAGAGGGGACGGUGCCCGGGCUGGGCAGGUGGGAACCCAGGGCCUGCCGCCCACACCGUCUGGUGUCCUGGGGUCAGCCAGCAAACCGUUCUCUGGGCUCCCGCGAGCACCUUGCCGCGGCCCGGGGCUCCCCCUGCCCGGUGAGCGGGUGUGUGCUCUGGGGGGGGCCGGCCAGACGGGCCCUCCUGAGGCUGUCAGAUUCCCUCAGGUUUGGCGUUUGUCUCCUGGAAGCAUGUGUUCUCUGCUUCUGUCAUCUGUGUGGAGCCGGCUGAUGGGGGCGCCCUCUCCGUAGGCGAGUCUCCCGAAAGCAGGUGGCCCUGGGUUUUGUUCUGCCCUCCAUCUUGGGGACAGGAGGCCACACUUCAGCAGAGGGAAGCCCACCGAGGUCUAGAGGGCACAGGCCAAGGUGCCAUCUGAGGGUGGCAUGCCGUGUGCCGACAGUGGAACGGCUGGGGGGCUGCCGACCACCCUGGCCCUGGCGGCGGGUCGAAGCGGCCUCUGCCCAAGGCCACGCAGUGCUGGGGGGGGCGGUCUGAGGUCUGGCCCCCCUGUGGCCGGCCCCCGCAGCACCGUUCCUGGCCGCUGGCCUGGUGUCUUCCCAGGCCCUGCUCCCUGGAGAGCCAGCUCCCCGCUGGGUGAGGGGACGGGGUGCCCGGAUCUGGCAGGAGUGUCUGCUUUGUGCGAGCUCCACAAGGCCUCGGCUGGCAGGCUUCACCCUCUGGUGCCGGGAGCUGCCGCCCAGCCAUGGAGGCGCAGGAGGAGCAGCCACCUCGCGAGGCUGACACGGAGCCCGUCGUGACCUCAGGGAUUCCGGAGGUGGUGCCCAGGGCGCUUCGCGGAGACCCACAGAGCCUGUGUGCGUGCUCCCCAGCCGAUGUGGAUGCCUUCAACCUGCUGCUGGAGAUGAAGCUGAAGAGGCGGCGAGAGCGGCCAGACCUGCCACGCACGGUGACCGAGCUGGUGGCCGAGGAUGGCAGCCGGGUGUACGUGGUGGGCACAGCUCACUUCAGCGAUGACAGCAAGAAGGACGUGGUGAAGACCAUCCGGGAGGUGCAGCCCGAUGUGGUGGUGGUGGAGCUGUGCCAGUACCGCGUGUCCAUGCUGAAGAUGGACGAGCGCACGCUGCUGCGGGAGGCCCGGGAGGUCAGCCUGGAGAAGCUGCAGCAGGCCGUGAGGCAGGGGUCCCCAGAAGGUGCGGGCAGAGGACCCGAGGGCUGCGCUGGAGGAGAGAACGGGGUCAUGUCCGGGCUCAUGCAGAUGCUGCUGCUGAAGGUGUCGGCCCACAUCACGGAGCAGCUGGGCAUGGCCCCGGGCGGCGAGUUCAGGGAGGCGUUCAAGGAGGCCAGCAAGGUGCCUUUCUGCAAGUUCCACCUGGGCGACCGGCCCAUCCCCGUCACCUUCAAGAGGGCCAUCGCGGCGCUGUCCUUCUGGCAGAAGGUCAAGCUGGCCUGGGGCCUGUGCUUCCUGUCGGACCCCAUCAGCAAGGACGACGUGGAGCGCUGCAAGCAGAAGGACCUGCUGGAGCAGAUGAUGGCGGAGAUGAUCGGCGAGUUCCCCGACCUGCACCGCACCAUCGUGUCCGAGCGCGACGUCUACCUGACCUACAUGCUGAGGCAGGCGGCCCGCCGCCUGGAGCUGCCGCGCGCCUCUGACGCGGAGCCCAGGAAGUGCGUGCCCUCCGUGGUGGUGGGCGUCGUGGGCAUGGGCCACGUCCCCGGCAUCGAGAAGAACUGGACCACCGACCUCAACAUCCAGGAGAUCAUGACCGUCCCCCCGCCGUCCGUCUCCGGCAGAGUGGCCCGGCUGGCCCUGAAGGCCACCUUCCUGGGCCUCCUGGGCUACAGCCUGUACUGGAUGGGGCGCCGCGCCGCCAGCCUGGUCCUGGCCCUGCCCGCCGCCCAGCACUGCCUGCAGAGGGCGGCCGGGGCCUGGCCGCACAAGUAGGAAGGACGGAGGGAGCCGCCGCGUCCGAGGGCUGCUGAGGGGUGCGGGGCCGCCGCCGAGGAGCUCCUGGGGGCCGUCCCCAGGGGGGUCCAGGCCCGCCUGCCCUCCCUCCCGAGCCCAAAUAAAGAAUCAUUGAACCGUCUGAGCUCAGGCCUCACAGCAGCCCCUCCGCCCCCACCCUGCAGGCCCUUAGGAGGUUCACGGGCGGCGGCAGGUCAAGCCGGCGGGGGCUCCCCUCGGGCCUCCCUCCCUCACUGUGCCUUCUCUCCGCCGGGCGGGGGGCCCUUGCUCUGGGUGCUGGGCCGGUGCUGGGAAGGGCAGCCCGGCCCACGAGGCCCUUGGUGGGGCUCCCGGGGGCGUCCCCCCCCCACCAAAGGGCGGCUUGGCCGAGCUUGGCGGCCCCGGACUUUGCCAGCAAGGGCUCUGCCUGCAGAGAUUAUGUGUUUUUGGCCGUUAAAGAUGUCUGAACCUUUUUUACUCAGGUAAUUUUUAACUUAAACUGAAGCAAAUGUCAGGAAACACUAGCCUUAAAUCCAGUUGGGACAGGGAGUCUCAUCCCGAGAAGGGGGGGAAGGGGGGCGCAUGGGGAGGGUCGGCUUCGGCGCUGGGAAGCCAGGCCAGCCUCCAGACGCAGCCCUGCCCGCUGCCCCUGGCCACCUGCCGCCAGCAGGGCUCCAGGGCUGCCGCCGGCUCAACUGUGAGCUUGCAGGCCGGGGACCUCGAACCUGCGCCUUGUGCAUCUGGAGGAGGGUCCUGGGAUCCCACCGACCCUCAGGGGAUAGAAGCAAGGGCCCGCCAGCUGGCACGGGAACCCCCUUGGGGCGGGAGACAGGCCCAGGGCCUAGCUGACCCCAUGCAGCCCCUGCGCCUGGUCGUCACCCGUCUGCGAAGUCCCUUGGUCACCUGUUUACAGCGUAGCAUCUGUGCACCCCGUCUGGGGCCCAGGGCCAUGUUUGAUGGUGUUUGUGUUGACUCCAUGUCUGACUAAAUCAGGUGAAACCCACGGCCGUGAGCUGGGCCGAGGAGCCUCGAGCUGGGCCGUGUCCUUCCUGUCAUCCACCCACGUGUACGUGUCCCUCAGAGCUGAAAUAAAAUCUAAUUUUGGAAGCCUGUUA